GGCUAACACUGACGAGUGCUAAAAUCAAUCUUAGAAAAAAUGAAUAUUCUGCUGGUAUUUUAUUUGUUGCAGUGUCUCGAGUCUGUACACUAAAAGAUAUUCUCUUUGAUCCAUUUUUACUUCAAAGGCUUCAAAAAAUUAAGCAAAGUAAGAGAUUGUAG